UCAAAACAUAACCUGUAUCUGAUUCAAUUUGAUUUUUAUAAAAUUUUAGAACACAACACAGAAAAAUGGCCCCUCGAUUAGUUGGUUGGAGGUACGCCGCUUUAAUAACUGGUCUUAUUGGAACGAUUGGAUUAGCUAUAUAUCCCAUAAUAAUAGAUCCUAUGAUGGAUUCAAGUAAAUAUAAAAGGAUACAGGAGAGAUCUAGAACAGGAAUAAGACAAGAAGAUAUUCAGCCUGGCAAUAUGAAAGUGUGGACUGAUCCUUUUGAUAGAAACAAGCCUACAUAGUUCUUGAUAUAUUUUGUAAAUGUAUAUAUUAGUUCAUUAAUUUAUAUUUAAGUUGAAUAUAUCAUACAAAAUA